UCAGCCUCCUCCGCACCCAAUGGCGUGGCUCUCCCGUCCUCUGACCCUUGUCGGUCUGGUGCUGCUUGCUCAUGGAUGUUACUCUGCACAUGAGCACACAGUCCUCUCGUCGACGUCAGCGCAGCAUUCCACAUCGCCCUCCACCGCUGCGCUGCCGCUGGACAUUUACAUCGAAACCGCCGUGGCAACGUUUUUACUGUGCGUGGGACUCGUGCUGGGCUCGGGCACGCUGAAGCCGAUUGAAUGGCACACCUGGGCCGGCAAGAUUGAGCGGGAGGCUGACAGAUCGCUGAGUGGGAGUGGCGAUGCGGACGGGACAACGGGAAAUCCGUUUGGCGCCCUGGAGGCUCGGAGCGGGUUCAUCAACAUUCACAAGCUUCAUGAGGAUUUUGUAAAGUACAGUCAGCAGGUUGGGAAAUAAGCGUUUCAUAAUCAUAAUCAUAAUAAUGACAAGGCAGUGAAAACAGC